UCAAAUUCCUCUCCUCGAUGGGUACCAGCUGCUCUGCAAGGCUGUGGUGGCUUCUGUCGCCACUGCUGCUGCUGCUGCUGUUACUGUGCCACAUGGGCGCCGGUGCCCAGGAUGAGGACACCGAAUACGAAGAGCUGAUGCUAGCCCUCCCAUCCCAGGAGGAUGGCCUGGCCGACGAGGCCCUGCAUGUGGCCACUGCCACCUUCCACCGUUGCUCCAAGGAGGCCUGGAGGUUGCCAGGCACCUACAUAGUGGUGCUGAUAGAGGGGACCCAGCGGCUGCAGAUUGAACAUACCAUCCAUCGCCUGCAGACCCAGGCUGCCCGCCGAGGCUAUGUCAUCAAGGUUCUGCAUAUCUUCUAUGACUUCAUCCCUGGCUUCUUGGUGAAGAUGAGCAGUGACCUAUUGGGCCUGGCCCUGCAGUUGCCCAAUGUGGAGUACAUUGAGGAAGACUCCUUGGUCUUCGCGCAGAGCAUCCCCUGGAACCUGGAUCGGAUUAUCCCAGCAGGGUACCAGGCCAAAGAAUACAGCUCCUCCAAUGGAAGUGGCCAGGUAGAGGUGUAUCUCUUAGAUACCAGCAUCCAGAGUGACCAUCGGGAAAUUGAGGGCAGGGUCACCAUCACGGACUUUAACAGUGUGCCUGAAGAGGAUGGGACACGCUUCCACAGGCAGGCAAGCAAGUGUGACAGCCAUGGUACCCAUCUGGCAGGCGUGGUCAGCGGCCGGGAUGCUGGUGUGGCCAAGGGCACCAGCCUGCACAGCCUGCGAGUGCUCAACUGUCAAGGGAAGGGCACAGUCAGCGGCACCCUCAGAGGCCUGGAGUUUAUUUGGAAAAGCCAGCUAAUCCAGCCUUCAGGGCCGCUUGUGGUGCUGCUGCCCCUGGCGGGCGGGAAUAGCCGGAUCCUCAACACUGCCUGCCAGCAGCUGGCAGGGACUGGGGUAGUGCUGGUUGCUGCAGCUGGUAACUUCCGGGACGAUGCCUGCCUCUACUCCCCAGCUUCUGCUCCAGAGGUUAUCACAGUUGGGGCCACCAAUGUCCAUGACCAGCCAGUCGCCCUGGGGACCUUGGGGACCAACUUUGGACGCUGUGUGGACCUCUUUGCCCCGGGGAAGGACAUCAUUGGUGCCUCCAGUGACUGCAGCACAUGCUUCGUGUCGCAGAGUGGGACGUCACAGGCUGCUGCUCAUGUGGCCGGCAUUGUAGCCAGGAUGCUGACUCUGGAGCCGGAGCUCACCUUGGCUGAGCUGCGACAGAGGCUGAUCCACUUCUCUACCAAAGAUGUCAUCAACAUGGCCUGGUUCCCUGAGGACCAGCGGGUGCUGACCCCCAACCUGGUGGCCACACUGCCCCCGAGCACUCAUGGGACAGGUGGGCAGCUGCUCUGCAGGACAGUGUGGUCGGCACACUCAGGGCCCACACAGACAGCUACUGCUACAGCCCAUUGCACCCCAGGAGAAGAGCUGCUGAGUUGUUCCAGCUUCUCCAGGAGUGGGAGGCGACGGGGUGAUCGGAUUGAGGCCGUAGGGGGCCAGUGCGUCUGCAAGGCCCUCAAUGCCUUUGGGGGCGAGGGUGUCUACGCUGUUGCUAGGUGCUGCCUGCUUCCUCAUGCCAACUGUAGCAUCCACACCACUCCUGCAGCCAGAGCCAGCCUGGAGACCCAUGUCCACUGCCACCAGAAGGACCAUGUCCUCACAGGCCGCAGCUUUCAUUGGGAGGCUGAAGACAUCGGUACCCAACGGUGGGCUGUGCUGAGGUCCAGACAUCAGCCUGGCCAGUGCACUGGCCACCGGGAGGCCAGCAUCUACGCUUCCUGCUGCCAUGCCCCAGGCCUGGAGUGCAAAAUCAAGGAGCAUGGGAUCUCAGGUCCUGCAGAGCAGGUCACCGUGGCCUGUGAGGCAGGCUGGACCUUGACAGGAUGCAAUGUCCUCCCCGGGGCAUUCAUUACUCUGGGGGCCUACGCUGUGGACAACAUGUGUGUGGCGAGAAGCCGAAUCACCGACACAGCAGGCAGGACCAGUAAGGAAGCCACAGUAGCUGCUGCCGUCUGCUGCCGGAGCGGGCCUUCAGCAAAGACCUGGACUCACCAGUGACAGG